UCUACUUCUACAGCUCUUACAAUACUCUCCAAAUCUUUUGAACGAUUUCUCAGCUCUGCGAACAGCAAGAAAUACUCAUCAUGGCUCCACCGCGAAAUGCUUUCUCGUCCGUCCCGCUUCCCCUCCCCUCUCUAAGCUCACCUCCUGGCUCCCAACCUCCCUCUUUGAUGUGCGAGGUGGAGGAACUGAUGCUGACCUUUACGGUGAUAUGUAGACGCCAACGCACGCCCCUCCUCCUCGCAACGUUCUUCGGCGGCGCAGCGCUGUUUGUCGGCUUCAAAUUCAGGACUAUGAUGACCCAAAGCGAGGCGGGCAAGAAAGCUAGGGAUAAAGAAGGGGUUAAUUAUUCUGUUGCGCCAGGAAGAAGUGGUAUGCUUCCUCCCUCCCAUGCUCAAAAUCCCGAGAAAGGCGGUUAUAGAGACAGAGGCUAAUGGUGGUUGGUUGAAUAGGCGGAGGAGUGUAAUCGAUAAUGGAUGUGGAGGACGAGCCACGACUUGAUGGAGUAUGAGGCGAAGUUGAUAUGAAAGGGAAUGAGAAUGGGGAGGUGAGAAGGGAGGGCCUGUACAUGGAUAUAAAGGUUACACAUAGACUGGCACGUGCAUUGUGAUCGUAGGGUUUCAUGUGAGCUUGGCGCAGGCGUUCGGAUUGGGCGGGGAUC